GAAUUUCUAUAAAUGCAUGGUAAUUUUAGGAUCAGUACUUUCCAAGGAUUGGAUUCUCAGUGCUGCACAUUGUUUCGAAGCCCUGGUAUAUUCAAAGGACGAGAAGAUAUGUGCUGAAGUGUCUGCUCAAGGCGGGUUCUUUAUCAACAAAAGAAACCAGACAGUAAAGUGUUUGAUUACUGAGAAUGAAGAUAUCAAGAUCUAUCCCAUUAAACCUAUUGCUAAAGCCUAUAUCAUGAUGAAUGAAAUAGGAAAAGAGGUCAGUGAAGAAAGGGGAGAGAUAAUUCAAAUAGAAUACUUUGUACGACACAAGAACAGUUAUAGAGAACACGGCUAUGGAACUUAUGGAGGCUAUGACAUUACUAUGGCAAAAUUGGUGUCCCCAACAAAUGUGGAGCCAGCUUGCAUUCCAACUCCUGAUUUUAAAGAUUCGGGUCUUGGAUCUGGAUAUGAUAACAUUCAAAAUGUUCAGGUGGCAGGAUAUGGAAAAUAUUAUAGAUCAGAAUGCUUGACUGAUGAGUUGGGCCCGUCAGUUAACCAUGAUUGUGAUAAAAAUUCAAAGUGUGACACUUCUCAAAACCCCCCUAUAAGUCCAGAAUGCAAAGAAUUCCUUGCUAACAACCCUGAAGUUGAAAAAGAGUUUAGCAGCAAAAAUUUGCACAAAAUAGUAGUGCAGGCUCAGGAUAAAUGGCCUGUUGACUGCUUUAGAAAAACCUCCUAUCAGGAAGGUUCAGAGGGAUGGUGUUCAGUUUCGGAGGAUGCUACACAGAUUGGAAAGCUGUCUAAAAUUUCUUCAUGGGGGUUCUGUAGCAGAAAUUGCUUUCUUAAAAAAAAUGUUUCAAAUGAUGAACCUAACGAUAAUGUAUUUAGAAGCAAAGAAAAUGUUGAUAUUCUGGAUGAUGAGCUUUGUAAUAAGUUUUUAAUGGCUGCUUUAGGUAAAAAAAAUCUUAAGUAUGUACCAGAGCUUUUGUGCAUAGGUUAUUAUAAAAAAUCGAACAUCAAGAUGUACACCGUCACACCUGGUGGCAAGGCUGUUGCAGGCCCAGAUGAAAUCUAUCAGUAUGUUACAGCUGCAGGAGUGUGCCAUGGGGAUUCUGGAGGACCUGUGUUUGUAAAAGAUGAAAAAUCUGGAAAAUUUGUUGUUUUAGGAGUGGUAAGUGGUGGUAGAGGAAGACUAGGACACUGUGGAGGAAUGAAUAACCCUACUCAUUAUGCAAGAGUUAAACGACUUGCGGGAUGGAUAAAAAAUGCCAUCGGUCCUGAUGUAAAGGAUGUGUGUGAGAUUGGUAAUCCUGCAGGAGAGGAAGCAACUUUAUCAAAUGCAAUUCUAACCAACCCCAACACAAGCUUGACAAGUUUAAGCCAUGUAGCACAAAACACUGCUGCUGUGCCGUUGACAAACUUAGGAUCAUCUCAAGGGAUUGGUAAUCCUGAAGAUAUAGAAGCAACAUUAUCCAACAUUAUUCCAACUAAACCCCAAGAAAAAGCAGAUGGUUUGCCUUUGACAAAAUUGGAAUCAAAACAAAGAAGACCUCAUAAAUCAUAUUCUUUUAAUUUAAAUUUAAUUUGAAAUUUAAUUUAAUUAAAGUUCCAAAUGGGGGGGGGGGGGAAUAUAUUUUAUUU